CGACUUUUGUAUUGACUACUUUAUUAAUAAACUAGUCGUCACCCCGCGAUUUUACACGCGUAUUUCCCGUUCCUGUUAGAAUACGGGGAUAAAAUAUAGCCUAUUAUAUAUAGUUAUACUAACAAAUAACGUGGCUUUCUAUUGAUAAAAUAAUAGAUCUAGAGUUUACCCCCUACAACACCAUAAUUUACUUAUUUAUAAUAUUAGUAUAAAGCAGAUGGUCCAUUUCAGAUCCACUCUUGUACCCGGUAUCAUUAAAAUUUAAAAAAUACAAGGAUCUUAUUAAAAUUUAUUAAAGUGAAUAAAUGUAACUGAAUAAAAAGAAAUAAAUAAAAUUAAAUCCAAGUUUUUGAGUUAUAUCAAGAUGGCGCCCUUAAAGCAACUAUGACAUGACAAUUGACAGCAAACGUCAAAUCGAUUACUGCCUUGGAAACGUCAUCAAUCCGCUAUUAUUACCCAUAAUAGUGUUGCAUUUCUUAGGAGAUAAUGAAUAUUAUUUCGAAAGAAUUAAAGUAUGUUCGUAGAUUUGUAUAAUCAAAAAUAGUAAAAAAAAAUAUUUUCUUUCAUUUCCUCUAGGGUACAAUGACUGGACCUGGGCUCCAUACAAUUUUGGACCAUCUCCUUUCAGUAGGUAUCGGAGGUGUUCGAUCCAUCGAUUACCAAUACCAUGCAGGUAGUUUGAGAAAAACCAUAUCAGAAUUGUGUUAAUCGUCAAUCAAUGUCAGAUGUCGGUUUGACAACUGAGCAGCGUCAUCUCUGGAAGACGCCAUCUUGGACUACCUUGCCACAUAUUGCAUCAUCCAGCCGUGCUGUGUGCAUGUCGUACCUGUACGCGUGUUUCUUUCAUUCGGCCGUGCCUAAGAAACAAAUUCGCACCGUGUGCGCGCGUUAAACAUAAGAAAACGUUUUUCUUACCAGAACAAUCUGUGUGUUUGUGUGUGUGCCUACCUCCUGUAGAAAAAAAACUACAAAUCGCAAGCUCUCCUUGGUCUUGCUGUGCUGCCAUUGGAGAGUUGAAAGUUUGAUUGGAUUGGCGAGUGAUACAAGAUGAAAUGGCGAGUGGCUGGCGGGAUGGGCAUACCGUUCGCCGCUGCUGUGUUCUGCAUGCUGCCCCUGUUCACCUCGUCCAAUGGAGAUAUACGGCACCACGGCACAUCCAGAGCGCGUGGCUGGCGCGGCAACGGCAACGCGCCCGCCGACGUGACAGCCAACAACUCCGUCAGCAACGUGACCGCGCAGCUGGGCGGCACGGCCUACCUGCACUGUCUCGUCGGACACUUGAGCGAAAGAGGCCAAGUGUCGUGGAUUAGGAAGCGAGACUGGCAUAUCCUGAGCUCCGGAAAGUUCACUUACACGAACGAUGAAAGAUUUCAGGUGCUACACGGAGAAGGAUCGGAGGAUUGGACUCUGCAGAUCAAGUUUGUACAGAAGAGAGACAACGGCACCUACGAAUGUCAGGUAUCGACGCGCACCGGCAUGGUCUCGCACUACGUGAGGCUGCAGAUAGUGGUGCCCGAGGCGUUCAUCCUCGGCUCGGGCGAGCACCACGUCGACCUCGGCAGCGUCAUACACCUCAUUUGCAUCGUUGAGAAGAGUCCAACACCGCCUCAAUACGUGUUCUGGUACCACAACGAUCGCAUGAUCAACUACGACGCAACCCGCGGCGGCAUCACGGUGGAGACUGAGCCUGGCGCAAGGACUCAGUCCCGGCUAACAGUCCGCGGCGCGACACUCAAGGACUCGGGCAACUACACGUGCAGCGCGAGCAACACUGAGCCGGCCUCUAUACACGUCUUCGUGUCUGAGGGAAGUAACAAAAUGGCCGCCAUACUCCGUCGGAACACGAGCGCCAUCCACGGCAUCACCUCAAGCAUAACCUGCCUCCUGCUGUUCUCUUCCGUGAUGAUACACUUCGGCCUCCGAUGACGUUAGACGAAUAGAGGUUCUAUCACUUAUAUAAUACGGUUUAUUUUUAAACAUCUCGAUACCAAUAUUUAAAUGUAAGUAGAAUAUGUAGCCCAGACAAUUGUACGGAAUUUACAAAAAUACGCAAGUGAUUUAAAUUCGCAUAGCGAAUACUUGUAAAAUAUUGGCAGUUCAACCAAAGAUUUUAUACUAUUAGAUAUGUCACUAGCGCUUUGAAACUGAAGCGGACAAAGGUAAUUACUGAAUUGUCUUAAUUUCUUAUAGACGUAAAUACGAGUAUACAUAAUAAUGUAAGUAAAUGCAAAAUUGUGCAUUAGUGCGUUCAGAGGAUUAGCUUUUUGGGUCACUUUUUGUAGUGAUAUUGUAAGCACGUAACAUAAAUAAUAGUAUAAAAUCAUUGGGUUUAACCCGUACCUAAGCACAGUUGUAGCGACCGGUCGUCAAAGACGGGGUUGUCACGCUCUACAGAUUGAUUUGAAAACGUAUUUAGAAUGAGUAAGAAUGACUAAGUAAUUAAAUAAGUGACUUAACAAGUGGCAUUUUCUCGUCAUGGUCAUGGUCGGCAUGGGUGAAGUGGAAGAGACUAGGCUCAAGCUUAUGAACAAAAGGUAUUAAAAGAAAAAAUGUAUACCUAUUAAAAGAAAAUAUGGGGCUUUGGGGUAUCUAAUAACGAAAAUAAGGGAAAUUCUGAUAUUUGCGGACGCCUUCAAAACCGAUCAAUAGUUAAGUUAAUAUUAUUUUAGUAGUCAAUUUAAGAAUAUUUUUAACUUCACCCUAAAUGUGAAUUAUUUUACAAAGUACUGAAUUUUCAAAAUUAACCCAAAGCUCCUUCAAAAAAAUUGUGCAGUCCGUAUUUUUGUCUGUAGCCAAGCCAAAUGUGGCACAGAUAAUAUAAUUUAAAUAACUUAAGAAAUAAUUAUUUAUGACUUUAUGUUUGGAUUUGUUCUUAGAAGAAAGAAGAAAAAAGAAAAUAAAUGUAUUCAAAUGCAAAAGUUACAGACAGUACCCUACCUUAAUGACAGAAUGCCUGUAUGUAACCCUUAAAAAGAACUCUGUUAACCCUUAAUAUGACGCUUUAUUUUGUGGUAGGGUUUUUAUUCUUGCAUUAUAUAAAUUUAUGGAAUUUUAAUUUUGAAGGUGAUCUUAUCGAACUUGAUUCACGUGUACAAAAUUUAGUUUUUUUUUCUAAUUAGUAAAACUAAUUGUCUUAAUUGUUAAAACAAUUAUUGUGUAUUAUAUUAAGUAAUUAAUAAAAUAUUUAUGUAGUUAAAGGCACUUAAAGUAUUCGAAUUUAUAUAAUAGACAAUUAUUAUUACGUAAUCUAAGGUGGAUAAAAGAAAUUACCAGUUUUGUUGAAACUUUUGUUAGUUUGUAUUGUACCUUCUACUGAAAAAAUAACGGGGUUUUGCUCAACCGGCUACCAAAAGGAGUUGGUUCUAUAUUCGACUUUAUUUUUUUUUAGUAACAAAGAUCGUUAAUGUCUAAGUUUCUUCACUUUUUGUCUAGUACUAUGUCUAAAUUCGUUAAUUAUGCACGCAUGCAUAAUUACUAUACAAUUUUCCAGACUUUCGUAAUUAAUCAAUGUUGUCCAUAUGAUGUUAUUGUCUAUCAGUAAAUUAGUUUUAUAUUUACCUAUACCUUAUUUGCUUUUUAAUUCAACAAUGUUUUGGGAAAAACACCAAUGUCACCAUGUGAUAGGUAAAUCUUUACCAGAAAUUAUUACUCGUACGUGGACAUAAUAUUAAUAUUAUUCGACAACAACAAAUAAAUGCUACAAAUUGUGGUCAUCCUGUCAUGUGACGGGUUAUAAUUUUUUUUUAAUGAAAUUCCGGACAGAAGUGUCAUGUGGCGAUUUAUUAACACCAGAGGGUGCACUCACUUACUUAAUUUUUUAUUUAUCUGCCCCUUGAAUAAUAACUUCUUUAUUUGGAUAGUUAGACCGAUAACCAACAAAUAAAUAUCCCAAAUUGUGGUCAAUUAAAUAUAUUUUUAUGCUGUAUUAAUUUUCAAAUUGGAUAUACCUAUUUAUUAGAAAAUUUAAAAUUACCAAUAAGACUAUUCCUUCAUACCAUAUUUUAUUAAUUUUCUUUCGAUUUUUCUUAUUAAUAUGAAUUGUUUGUCAACAUAAUAUAAUGAUAAUAUUUGUAAGACAAACCAAUAGAUAAAUCAAUUUAUACAUACAUUUUUAAUAUAACAAUCGCAGAAUAAAUAUACCUAGAACUUCCGAAGUUUCAGAACUUAAAAUUUUAAAAUUGUAUUAAAACAAUUAUUUUCAUAGAGUGUAAGCUAAAUUCCAAGGAAUUAAAAAUUAAAAUAAGUUACAUAUGUAAGUACCUAAUCUAAUUAUACCUAACUGUAGUUGGCGAUAAUGUAAAUAGCUUUGUUUGAACUUUUUAACUUAGGCGUGUCAUUUUUGUAAAUAUCUAUAAUCAGAACUUUGAGAUCUGAUGACCGCAAACGUAUUGACGCGUUCGAACCACACACAAUACACGGCCACAGAGUAACCAGAGUGAGUCUUUACAAGCAACGUACUGAAACCAGCGAAACCCAUUAAAAACAACAAACGUCACGCGUCUCCUUGACAUUUGAAUUUUGAAAAUUAACACCAACAACACUUACCAAUAAAAUCCUCCAUCUUAUUUGUUUAGUUUUUGUGACCAGUUUUUAAAAAAACGAAACGAAACUUUUAUUUAUUUCUUUUGUUCCUAAGUUACCUAUAAAUUAAAUGCAGUUCUGAGCUUAGACUGAGAAUUUCUGAGUUAUUAUUUAACUUUUUAAACAGAAAUCGUAUAAAAAAUGUAAAAUUGCAAAAAUGACGCCUAGUUAAAAAAAUGAGUACCUAAAUGAUACCUUAGUAUGUCUAUAAUUUAUCUAUGACCAGUGGCAUAGACAAUCUAGAGCCUAGAUUCUAGACAGACGGUCACUGCCUCUCAUCUGCUCAUUGUUUAAUUGUAUGUUUAAAAUAAUUGCAAUAAUUUAAUUUUAACUAUAACUGAUGAACAUUUAAAAUCACAAAUGUUACGUCUACAUUUUUAGUUUUUGUUUUUAACUUUGCUUGUACCUAUCUAAGAAUAAUGGUAUUAUUAUAUUUUAUAUUAGAUUAUACAUUUUACUAAUUCUCUUGACGCAUGGAUUUUUUUUUAAUUUAACAGUUUUUCAAUGAAUUAUUUUAACAAUCUAAAUUUAAGCCGAUUUACAUUAUUCCAAUCUUUGAUGAUGUUUCAUAGUAUCCAGCACACACAUAAAUACCUUAAAUAUAUAAUACACAAAUAUAAUAAGUAAAAAUAAGUUCACAGAAAAUGUCACAGUUUAUGUAAAAUAUUAAAUAUCUAUACAAAAGUAACAGCCUCAUCUGUUAUCAAUAAUUAUGGAACACCUUGUAUUGGAACAAUAAUUAUGGAACACCUUGUAGGUACUGGAACAAUGUAAACCAGCCUUAAUUUUAUAAACUUAAAAUUUUGUUUAUAGUAUAAUAAAGAGAAUAUAGCUAUAGCAUCCUACAAGUAUACCUAUUUGGAUUCUAAGGUAAUUCUAAACUUGUUAUCUGUAAAUAUAAUAAAUAUACGAUUUACACAGUAAAACUUAACGUAGGUGAUAGCGUAAUAGUACGUAACUAAUGUAAAUAAAUUGUCAGUGUUAUUUAAAAUUACUCUGUACAAAUACAUUUUUGGUGAUUCUGUAUGCAAUAAACAAUUCUUCGGAAA